UGGCAGAGCGCACAGUUGUUGGCGAGUAUUCAAGCAGUUCGGCUGCGUCUGAUGCAGUAGCUCCAGUUAUAAUUGUUGAAUAAAGUGCGUGUGUUGUUUGUUUUUUGGCCGUGUUGUGUUUCGGUUUUUUUUUUUUUUGCUACUAGUGCAACAUGCCGUUCCCCAUACAUCCGCCCAAGCAGAUGCCCUGCCCACAUUGGCAGCACUUUCCCAUCAGCCCCGUGGACAGCAAGCCGUCGCCAUUUGAUAGCAACAAUGGCCUAGCUGCCACAGCCGUGCAACAAAAGCCACCAGAGCCCGUCUCCUAUCGCUACUGUGUGCAGUGCAAGGCGGCGAACAAGGAGGCGUUCACCAAUGGCGGCCAGGACUAGAGGCAGAGCAGCAGCACUUGAAGCAAAAGCAAAGCAAAGCACUCAAUGUGACAGUGCAAUCAAUUUUUAAUUU